AUGUCUUCCCGGUCGCCUUCGCCACAGCGCGAAAUGGCAGAUGCGCCGCCAUCUCGACCUUCGAGAUCUCCCUCGCCGCGUCGUGAGCGCGGAGGAGACCGACCGCGUCGUGCCCGCAAUGGAGGCGACAGCUAUCGCCCGGGCGGCGCGCGAGACCGCGAUGACGAACCACCCCGACGGCCGCGCUCGCCUGCGCCACGCAAGCCAUCGCCAGUGCCGCCAACCGAGGAGGAGAAGCAGGCAGCCGCCCGCGCCGAAUAUGAAAAACUGCUGACGAUGCGGUCUGGAGGCACGUACAUACCGCCAGCCCGUCUCCGCGCCCUGCAGGCUCAGAUCACCGACAAGACGACCAAGGAGUACCAGCGCAUGGCCUGGGAGGCGCUCAAGAAGUCCAUCAACGGUCUCAUCAACAAGGUCAAUGUUGCCAACAUCAAGCACAUUGUCCCCGAGCUCUUUAACGAAAACCUGAUCCGUGGCCGCGGCCUCUUCUGCCGCAGCAUCAUGAAGGCCCAGGCCGCCUCCCUGCCCUUCACUCCCAUCUAUGCCGCCUUUGCCGCUAUUGUCAAUACAAAGCUGCCGCAGGUCGGCGAGCUGCUCGUCUCGAGGCUGGUCAUGUCGUUCCGCAAGGGCUUCAAGAGAAACGACAAGGCUGUCUGCUUAUCCUCCGUCAUGUUCCUGGCUCAUCUCGUCAACCAGCAGGUUGUGCACGAAAUGCUUGUUGCCCAAAUCCUGCUCCUUCUUCUGCAAAAACCAACGGACGACUCUGUGGAGAUUGCAAUUGCUUUGAUCAAGGAGGUCGGUGCGCAUCUCGAAGAGUUCUCGCCAGCCAUCUCGAAUGCAGUAUGGGAUCAGUUCAGAAAUAUUCUGCAUGAAGCAGACAUCGACAAGAGGGUUCAGUACAUGAUUGAGGUGGCCUUCCAGAUCCGAAAGGACAAGUUCAAGGACAACCCGCCCAUCAAGGAGGAACUGGACCUGAUUGAGGAGAGUGAUCAGAUCACACACCGAGUCGAGUUGGACGCAAAUCUCAAUGUGCAAGAUGGACUCAACAUUUUCAAGUUUGAUGAAAAAUGGGAGGAGAAUGAGGCAGCCUACAAGCAGCUCAAGGCGGAAAUUCUUGGAGAGGGCAGCGACUACGAGGACGAUGACGACGAUGAUGAGAGCUCGGAUGAUGAGGACGAAGAAGAGAAGGCCAUGGAGAUCAAAGACCAGUCAAACACCGACCUAGUCAACCUGAGGAAGACGAUUUAUCUGACGAUCCAGUCUGCACUCGACCCCGAAGAAGCAGUGCACAAGCUGCUAAAGGUCCAGCUCCCAGCUGGGUACGAAUCCGAAUUGAUUUCCAUGGUGGUCGAGUGUUGUUCGCAGGAGAAGACAUACACCAAGUUCUUCGGUUUGAUCGCGGAAAGGCUUGCCAAGAUCAACCGCGAAAAGAUGAUGAUGUUUGAGGACUCUUUCAAGACUUAUUACGAGACAUGCCAUCGGUACGAGACCAACAGACUUCGCAACAUUGCAAGACUGUUUGGUCACCUCUUUGGCAGCGACGCCAUUGGCUGGUACACUCUGGAAGCCAUUCACCUGAAUGAGGAGGAAACGACUAGUUCGUCUCGUAUUUUCAUCAAGAUCAUGUUCCAGGAGAUUGCCGAGGAACUUGGCAUGCCAAAGCUGCAAGCUAGAAUGAAGGACGACAUCCUGCAACCGAGUCUGGAGGGCUUGUUUCCCCGCGACAACGCAAAGAAUAUUCGAUUCUCCAUCAACUACUUCACCAGUAUUGGUAUGGGUCCGCUCACCGAGGAUAUGCGAGAACGCCUCGCGGCUAUGCCAAAACCUACACUACCCGCUCCAGCUGCCCGAGACGAUUCGGAUUCGGAAUCAGUGUCAAGUUAUUCUUCCUACACAGGGUCAUCCUACUCAUCCCGAUCGCGCUCGCGGACACCACCCCGACGGGCUAUUGAUAAAAGGGGACGUUCCCUGUCACGAUCACCCCGACAACGUGGCAGAUCAUAUUCGUACGAUAGUCGGGGCCGGAGCUACUCCAGGUCGCGGUCGCGGUCGCGGUCGCCAUCCUAUAGAGAGAUGACUCCUAUUCGCGAAGCCCGCCUCCACGCAGAGGUGGUCGCGAUGCGAGCUAUUCCCGGUCUCGUAGUCCUGUACGCAACAAAGGCAGACCCAGAGCAUAUUCGUACAGCAGUCUUAGCCGCAGUCCGACUCGCUCUCCAGGCUCGCGAUCCCGCUCAUAUACCCCAUCGCGCUCACGCACCCCUCCAAGAAGAGCUCCUGCUCAGGGUGCCAGACGCGAGUCAUUCUCCCCCCGAAGCCCCGUACCAUCACCUGGACGUGCGAGACGCGGUAGUAGUGUCUAUUCCAGAACGCCAUCACCACCCGUGCGACGUGGCCGACCCGCUUCGAGGUCGAUAUCUAGAAGCCCGCCGCCCAGAAGACGUAGAAAUACGAGCAGUGUGA